AUGGCAAAGAAAGUUGGAGGAGACUCAGCCGAACUCAACUACGACAUGAACUAUAAUUUGUUUCUUUUGAAGACUUCUAUGCAAAACUUGAAAACAGCACAGGAAAAACACAGCGUGAACCGUUGGGUGCACAAACUGUUGGCGAGCAAUAAGACGGUCGCCGAGAUGAAGCUCCGUAACGAUUUCAUGUUCCACCUGGUAACGGCCGUCCAGGAGGGCGAGAUCAAGGCACCUUUCAACCAGUAUCCGCCGUCGUUGCCGCUCAGCAGUCUGACGUACCUGUUGACGGGCAGCUCACCCAGUUCUAGUGGCAAGGACGGGAAAAAAGGCGCUGGCGCUUGGGAGUGUGACCUGUCCAGCGAAGACACGGAAAAGCCCAUGUUGUACAGACAAUCGCCCGACGGCGGAGCGUUUUUGGCCGCACAACCUGUGCCAAAGUGUGGAGCGUUCUGUUACUUGGCCGUUGUCAGCAAGCCACCGGCAAAGGACGGCGACAAGCCCAAGUUGUAA